AUGAACACUUCCCAGGGCCAAGGCCAAGCGCGAGCGCAGCCCCACCCACGAGAAGAUCUGCACCGCUUCGUGAAUGAGCUCAAUGUUCGCUACAACAUCGGCAUCCCGAUUCCUGAUCCUGGUCUCACUCCAGCCAUGCGGAGAGAGACCGAGGAUGCUGCCGGGAGGAUCUACAGACGUCUUGAGACCCAUUUCUUCAUGGGAGGGCUAAGUACGCUCAACGACCUCCUCGUCAACUUUGACUAUGAGGCCAAGGGCUUCUGGUCGAAUUGGGUCCAGAAACCCGGCGCCGAUCCCAGUACCCUUCCACAGACUGCACAACCACCUCUUGCCGCCAGUCUUGUGCAGAGGGACUGGCUUCAGACCAUUUUCAACCGCCUCCUUGAUGAGGCGAAGCCGAACACACGAGAACCUAGAGUCUUUGCAAGGACAAGAAGCGGGCCUAGCGCCUUCGCUGCAUCCUCUUCACGAGGCAGUUUGGCCGUCUCUGACGGCGCGACGCUUGACCCUCUCAAGAGGCGCCAGGAUGACUUACAGGCCGACAAUCCCGCUAAGAGACGGAAGGCCGCUGCUGUCCAGGACUCAGCUGCUUCCACUUCCGCUUCUACCUCGGCCUCCGCACCCAGUCGUCCCGGGCCACGUGCUGAUACAGGUCGUGUCGAUGUGUCUGGCCCUUCAAGUGCUGCAGUGGCUGCACCACCAGCCUUGUACAGGCCCGGAACAGAGCCUGCUUCUAGGUCAUUCGCCUCAGUGAGCACUGCUGAAACGUCUUUUCACUCAGCGAUCUUCUCCGAUGCCGAUCAGCCAAUACCUACCCAAGACACUGUGGAGGUAAGUAUGCCGGAGCAGUAUCAGCAAACACAAUGUUCCCAACAAUCGUAUGUUGACACACCGUCCUCGGGGACGCAAGCUGCCCUUCUGAAAUUGUUUCAAGAAUAUGAAGAUCUUGCCUCCAAGCCGAGUGGUAAAGACCCAUCAUCAUCCACCAUUGAGCCGUCAGAUGCCGUGAUUUCGUCCGGACCAGCAGAUGGCUUCGUCUCUGCGACCGAGAGAGUCGGCGCGAAGGAAAUUGUCACAGCAGAGGAAGGUGUUCCCGUCAUGCAACAGCGAUUGCGAGGUGUGUGGCCAAAAUGUCCUAGCUGGUUGCGAGCCGCCCCAUUUCCAGUGGUCUGGGAAGUAACAAGGGUUGCUCAAAGCUGCAAUGUGGAUCUAAUGACAGUGGCAAAUCUUCAAUACGACAAGGAAUGGCACGAGCAGAAAGCUCUGCGGAGGGCUCUGUGGAGGCAUGAGGCCUUUCAGGGCAAGGCCUUCCCAGAGCCUUCAAUGGACGCGGCCUGGGCUGCUAGUAUUGAUCCGUCCACUUGUCUGUUCGACCAACAGGUUGUUUAUUCGGCAUCUUUGGACCUGAUAAGGUCGGUUCCGAAUGUUCGUUUCUCCAUGCAGCCGUUGAAGCUGGAGCGAUCACAUCGGCUGGCACGCCAGUUUGGAGCCGAUCGCUUUCUGGAGCUGCUCUUGCCCUCGCCCGACUCGUCCAACCUGCGGGCUUACAUCAGAGACGAUGGUUCCUUCUUUAAUGCCGUCGUCGCAUGGUUAUCAGAUGACCAUGCCUUGUGUGGACGUAUGUGGAAGGCAUUCUAUACCAAGAGCGGUGGGUCGCGGAAGCCCCAGAAGGACCUACAGAUCGGACCAGAUCCGAGGCCAGUCUACAAGGAUCGCAUUUUCUUCUUUGCCGAGAAGAGUCAGAGUGAUAACUCUUUCGAACGAGUAUCGCUGCUCAUGAUGCUGAGAUGGGCCCUGAAUAUUCGCAACCACAAAAACAGGUCCCAGCCUGCAUUAAAGUUGUUUCAGAGAAUAUCACUUGUCCUCAGCAGAACUAGCCCGACAGUCAUCUUCGAACCCAGCCAGAUGAGGCAUUACCUAGAGGACAUUGUCUCCCCCACAGGCAAGGUCAUGAAUGACGGCAUUGCCAGAAUGUCACCCGCAGUCGCAAAGGCGAUCCGGGAUCGUCUUGGGCUUUUGACUAUCCCUUGUGCCAUCCAAGGCCGCCUCGGCAGUGCCAAGGGCAUGUGGAUCGUCAGCGAGGCUCCAGGGGCCCCUUUCAGCGACGAGAUCUGGAUAGAGACAUAUCCUUCUCAGCGGAAGUGGGAGCUGGACUGGGGAAAGGCUGACCCUCAGCACCGGACGCUGGAGAUACGCAGCUACGCCUCGAUGCCCAAGCCGGCGAGCUUCAAUCUUCAGUUUCUUCCUGUUCUUGAGGAUAGAGCUCCUGAUAAGGGCCUGAUGAGAGAAGCAGUCGGGAGCUUGCUUAAGGAUAACCUUCAGAGAGACCUAGAUGGACAGAAGAAGGCGCUGCAAUGCCCUCUUCAAUUCCGACAGUGGUGCCAUGAGAAUUCUAGGCACAAAUUCGACCGGAUUGUUCAUGGCCACGUACCAUAUCAGGGUGGCUCGCCUGUGGAGGACGAGGAACUCAUGAACAGUAUGCUUGAUGCUGGCUUUGAGCCCAAGGCUAACAAGUUUCUGAGCGAUAUUGCGUACAAUCUUCAGAAGCGUAAGUGUGAGAUCCUUACAAAGAAGCUCAACAUCACAGUAGGACGCUCGGCAUACCUUUACAUGGUGGUUGACUUCCGUGGCGUCCUCCGAGAGAACGAGGUGCACAUUGGCUUUUCGACAGCUUUCCAGGCCGAUGAGAAUUGGGCCAGAACGAUGGUCCAGGGUCCCGUUCUGGUUGCACGAUCUCCAGCGCAUUUCGUGUCCGAUAUUCAGAAGGUUCAGGCAGUGUUCAAGCCUGAGCUUGCCGACCUCACGGAUGUGGUGGUGUUCUCUAGCAAAGGUGAUGUCCCGCUCGCCGAGAAGCUGUCAGGUGGUGACUACGAUGGAGAUUUGGCAUGGGUUUGUUGGGACACCCGCUUCGUGGACAACUUCGAGAACGCCGUGGUACCGCAGCAACCCGACCUUUCGCAGUGGAUGUCUCGAGACAAGGAGACAUUGGAUGAAAUCCGAUCGAAGCACGCGGAAGCCGAGAAGCCCCUGGCGAGCGCUGUGGCGGAGAUGAUGCGAAAGUGCUUCGAGUUCAACCUUAGCAAGAGCAUGUUGGGCAUCUGUACGAAUUAUAAGGAGCGAUCAUGCUACCACAAGAACACCGUUUGCGAUGAUGCGGCAACAGUCCUCAGCACUCUCCUCAGCAAUCUCGUUGAUCAAGCCAAGCAGGGCAUUGUUUUCACCGAGCCCGAUUUUCGGCGCUUACAGCAAGAUCUCCGUCUCCCGUCUUAUGCGGAAGACCCGCUUUACAAGAGAGAGCGUUUACCAGAUGGGCACCAGUAUGAGCACAUUAUCGAUCAUCUCAAGUUCAACAUUGCCAGGCCGACUAUCGACACUGAGCUGAGUACAUUCCACGCUGCAUUGGGGCUGAACAAGGCGGCAGAAGAGGGGCCUUCACACUGGGAUAAAGACCUUGCUUCUUGUUAUAAAGAGCUAGUUGAUCUGACCACACCAAGCAAGCUCGUCGCUCGUCUCAAGGAUGAUAUCCAGGCUGUGGCCAGUCGUUGGGACACUCUUAUGCAGACACGCGACGACACUAUUGGCUUUCCGGAGAAAGUAGCGCGAAUUUACGCGCUGUGGCAGGAAAUCGCGCCCCAAGAGGAGACUUCGGGAAGCACAGUAUCCAAAGUACCGCACAUGCUGCGCUUGGGGGGCGAGACGUCACAGUGGGCUAUACUGAAAGCCAGUACUGCGUUUUACAUGUAUUGCAACCGCAGUGGCACAGGCUUGAAAAUGAAGCCACGCUUCGUCUGGCAGAUGGCCUGCCGGCAGCUUUGUUACAUCAAAGCAGAAGCGGUCACAUCAAGAGGCUUGUCUGGCGCGGUGGGCGCUCCGACAGCGGUCAUCCCCUCUAUGUAUGCAGGCUUGCGACCAGAUGCCAAGUAUGUCAAACAGGUGACUGCAAGAAUGGACGGUGGGAGUCAAUUCGGUCUCGAGGGUGAUGAAAGCGACGAGUUGGACGAGGACGAUUGA